CACCUGGAUGCGAACGCUCUAGCCGUUCAAUCCAAUAUGAUCGGCGUCUAGGAUUAGCAUCCUUCUGACCGGUUCCGGGAGUGGCAGCGCACUUGGCCUCAUGCGCCUCUGAAUCUCACGCGUCAACCUUCGACACAUCUCCCACUCGACCAUAUCUUGCUCUGCACACGGCUACCGCAAUGUCUGUGACGUACCCGGGUCCCUUGCAUCCGUUUCCAUUCCCGGAUGAUCUCCCGUGCGGAGAGCCAUACAUCAACUGGCCGGCACACAAAGACCUCGUACUGAGUGGCAACAUCCAAACUGAGGUUGCGAUACCAGACUCAUGGGUCGAGACAGGCGUCGGAGAAGAUGGGAGGACCAACCGAACAAAGGAGGCAUAUAGUUUAGUCAUGCCGCGUGUGCGCACAAUACAAUGCGAACAGACAAAAUUCGUUCCCAUGUACCGCAACAAAGUCUUCGAGACUUCCGACGACAAGUUCAUUACACCGGACAAGUAUUACCUCGAAUACAUGGGCUCCCCCGCGCUGCACACUCGUUCGAAGAACAAAUGCGACAUUCCAUACCAUCUAUUGUCUUACCAGUGGUCGGGAAGCGUGAUGGAGAAUUACAAACUGGCAAAUUACGAGGGAAAUGAUUGGCUUUUCCAUCUGUAUUCCGGCGAUACAGAAGAGCAUUAUCGAAUGCCGACGCGCGAGCCGCUGGCCGAAAGCGAGGUGAUCAAAGUGUGUGACGGAAGAGGGCGACACAGGAAGUACAACAAAGGCAAAUGGCCGCCGUAUACCUGUGAUUUUUUCGACUUUGAGGGGCCGUGGCCAGCACCAUGUGCGGUACCGGUGGUCGACGCGCCGAAGGAGAGCUCCUCGGUAAAUCUGGGUCUUGCUAUUGGCUUGCCGGUUGGCAUUGUUGGAGCGAUUGUGCUGGCAAUCCUGAGUUGGCAUCUCGCGCCGAAGCUGAAGAGGAGAUUCGGAGGAGAAGGAGAAAUUCAGUUGUAAAGCGUACGCUGGCACAUGCAAGGACUGCUGCAAACAAAUCAUGUGGGCAUCUGCCGGUUGACAACAGACUCAUUCAUUAUGGAAACGAAAUAAUAUGAUAUCGACUUAGCCUUCGCUGUCGGCGUAGGGCCUCGAUGCUUUCAGUAUCCUCCAUCCAGGCUCAAAGAUUGCGUCGCAAAAGUUUCAUGGAGCAUGUAAGAGACCUUGAUCACCGCUCAACCAACCCGAGGGCACUUUUGUACUAGGCAUGACCUCCGUGACCCUUUAUCACGAGAAUGUGACAAAUCUACCGAGCUUGUACACUAGAUUGUCUCUCUGUAGCGCUCGAGGGUAGCCCUAAGCACUCGUCCUUCACUUCUUGAUCGCCUUCUUCAGCUCGUCCACGCCAGCCUUGUGGAUGAGGGUUGGGCGGAUCAUGGUUGCAUCAUGUAUCAUGUGUCGAAGUCGGAUAUGCGCUCCGG